GUCGAGAUUCUCUCCGCUCUCUCAUUCACCACCAUCGUAGUCACUGCUAUUCGAGCGUAGAGUCAUUAAUAACUAUUUAGAUGGAACGAGAAGACGUCCUCGUCGCAAUGGGCCGCAUACCAUUCGGCGGUAUGAGUACUAUGUCAUUCGACCUGGUGGACGAAGCCACCAACCGACCGUCGUCGACGCCGCAAGGCCAAACAGGGCCGAGCACAAAACGGGCUGCCUCUCCUUCGUUCGAGGGUCUCGACGAUACAGCCAGUAGGAAACGUUGCAGGGAGUACACGGAUUCUUCAGUAUCACUGACAUCGAACUGCGAUGCACACGCGGAGUCCUCUAACAUCCUUUCUGCCACGGACACUUCCUCUCCACCGCCUCUCUCCUCAAUGAUACCAUCUUCACCCUCUAUCACAACAGCCAUGACCAAGUACACAUCACUCGUCGAAGACCUUGCCCAAGAACUUCAAUGUGGGUGCUGCUCGGAACUGGUGUAUCGUCCUGUCGUAGUCUCGCCUUGUCAGCAUUUCUUUUGCGGGAGUUGCUGUGUGUUAUGGAUACAGAACGGAGGCACAAAUUGUCCGGCAUGUCGCGGAGUGUCUACGCACGUCACGUCUUCACGACCCCUCCAAACGAUGGUAGACAUCCUACUUCGCUCAGACCCCUCUAGAACGCGCGCAGAACGGGAGCGGAUGCAGGCAGACGAAGUAUACAAGCCGGGCCAACCGAUGAGGAUCCCGGCUCCGCGAGAGCCGUCGCCCGAACCCAACUUUAACGAUACACCGGAUUGGGACUAUGCGCGACCAUGCCCGCAUUGCGCAGCUGAUAAUCAGUUUGGAUGGACGUGCCCCCAACCAAUCAUCGAUUACGCUACGGAUCCUGAGCGCGCGUGGCACGUCGAUGACGGUGCACCACCUGGCCACGCCUAUUGCGGGAACUGUGAAAGCCUGCUCGCACUGCAAGCCCCUGUCACUACCAAGUGUGAUUUCUGCCAAGUAUCGUUCUGCGGAAUAUCCGUGCACGGGCGGUGCAUCGCUCUACCCCUGAAUGCCCAACAGCCACAUGACAUGAACGAUCUGAGCGAUUUUGUCCAAUCAUCAGAAAUUUACGAAUGUUUCGACAGCAACCUUAUCGAGGUCGAGAUCUUGUUCGACUAUCUGACUACUCGCCAAAUUACUCCGAAGAAGAUAUAUCGUGAUAUCAUGUUGCACACACAAGCUCAGCCUCAUGGGUUCCGGCCGCUAAUAGAAUCUGGAGUUUUUGCUGAUAUCCACAGUGUUACGCCUGGUGUCGAUGAGGACCCGAGUGCACUCCGAACGCGUAUUUGCAGGCACUGCGCAGCCGAGAUACUCUUGUGGGGACUGAAAGAAUGGUGGAUUCGAGAGCGGGAAUCUGCAUUCCAAAAAGGUCUACUACAACGUCGGCCAGAUUGUGAAGCGGGGAGUUCGUGUAGUCGACAAAAAGAUCUCGCACAUACAAAAGAGUGUAUGUUCCUGGAUCCCGAAAAUGCUGAUAGAACUGUUUGGCUGACAGAGGGAUCACAGUUAAUCAUGUCAUACUAGGCACCCCCCUCGUUACACAAUCAUACACAGGGGAGGCCUUGUCACAGGAUGAUGCCUCUCAUUCAGGAACCAGCAAUGCAGACAGCCGCGAGCGCGGCGAAGGGCCUGGCAACGCUCUCGGUGGCCGGGAUAACGACCGUACUGGAGACAGUCCUGACCUUGUUGGCCAGAAUGCCGAUUCGUCGCCACCAGUGCUCUCUGAAGAGUUUAAUCAAGUGGUAUCCACUGCCUUGCUUCUCUCUGACGUUAUGGCUGCUCAGGACUGACAUGUCCUCGGGUAUUUAUGACGAGCUCAUACACACGAUUAUUGGCCCUCACACGCUACGUCCUCCUUGUACCUCUCCUUUUUGAGCAUGUCGCAUACAAUACAUAUCGAUUCCCUUGCAUUGUUCCUGACGUUUUGGGU